GUCCGGAAGUUUCGCUCUCGCUGUUUUGUUUUUUUUUGGUCGUAGAGUAUGAGUGGGCGAGUAUAAUUAGCGAUUAAUUUAGCCUUAAUCCAGUGAUAUUUGGUAAAUUAACCAGAACCGUUACUGUUCGCUGCUCGUUUUUGCACAUGCAGGUUUGUCGGUCAGACCAUGAGAAAUAAAGCGCGUCCCAAUGGCAGAUGAAGGAUUUCUGGACUGGACAGUCAUUGUACUGACAUGUCAACACAAAGACAGUGUUUAUGCCUUCCAGAGAGAGCUGGAGGUGCGUCAGAAGCGUGGGGUUCUCCCAGCUGGAACUCUGCUGCUCACGGUUCCUGAUCCUGACGCCCGGCUGGGCAGUGGUGGGGCCACACUAAACGCCCUGUUGGUGACUGCAGAACACCUGAGCGCUAGAGCCGGAUACAGCGUGGUGAAUGCAGAUGUUCUGGAUGAAGCCCAUAUUCUCAUCCUACACACGGGUCGAGAUUUUCCAUGGGACGGCUGCAGCAGGGCUUUCUGUUGGAUGCCGAUGCAGAGAUCACAUUCUGUAGAAGGAGCCAUUUGCUGCUUAGACCUGCUGUUGGAUUGUCUGUCCACAAAGAUUUGCGUUGGAUCUCCACCUGGCGUUUGGGUUUGCAGCACUGAUAUGGUCCUGAAUAUUCCAACACGACAGUUGAUUUCAUGGGAAGGGUUCUCUGGUGUUCGGGUUGUGGCGUUGCCAGGUGAUGUUUCUUUUGCUGUUAAUCACGGAGUCUAUCUCACUGAUGCAGAGGGCAGAGUGCGAGACAUAAUAUAUAAGGGCUCGAAAGAGAAGAUCAGCUCUACAACACUGCAUGAUGGGAAAGUACCCCUGGUAUCGGGGCCUGUAUUUUUCUCCAGGACUGUUUCUGAGAGACUUCUGCAGACUCAUGUAACAUCUCCGUUAGAUGGCUGCACUUAUCUCGGCAUGGACUCUGGAGCGCCACCUCUUGAGAUUUCUCUCUUUCUGGAUAUUCUGGUGUGCCUUUGCUCUGACAUGACAGAACAUGAAUUUAUUAAUGGAGAGAGACCAGGCUGCACUUCCCCAUCCGGACCACAAGGGGCAGUAGUGAGGAGUGGUCGCACUGUGCUGUGGAGGACCCUCAGAGGAGCCUCAAUAUCUAUGUUUUACAUUCCAGAGGGCCGCUAUGAUUAUUUGACGCAAUCAGGCCGAGAACAUGUUGUUCGUCUUACAAAAUCGGGAUCAGAGACGAUAAUUCUCUCUCAUAUUCAGAAUGUGAAGUCUGUGGAAGAAGGCAGCAAGGUGAUUAAUAGCGUGUUGGAAGGAGAAGUUUGUGUAUCAGCAGGAGCUGUUGUGCAGCACUGCCACCUACAGGGCCCAGUCCAGGUGCAUUCUGGGUGCCUGCUGUCGGGUCUGGAUUUGACCUCAUCAUCCUGCAUCCAGCGUCUACCUCUGUGCAGUGACAUCAUCAUUCAGGGACACAGAGUGGUGCUUGGAGAGUUAAAGUUAACUGUGUACACAGUUUUUGGAGCUCAUGAUUGUUUAGAGGCUCACACUGAUGAUGUCACAGCCUUAUUCCUUAAUCAAAAAUGGAGCGAGUUUUACAAUCGGACUGGAAUAAUGCCUGUGGACCUUUGGGGACCUGAGAAGACAAAGUCUUGCUGUCUGCUGGAUGCCCAAUUGUUCCCAGUGUUCAUACCACAUUCGGGGCCUGUGGGACUGGAUGGAGUUUGUUGGCUGCUGGGGGAUGCUGGGAGGCUGGCAAGCUGGAGAGAAGCCUGGAGACUCUCACUCAGGGAUAUUCUGAUUCUUACUGACCAGCAGAUGGAGCUACAGUGGAGAGAGGAGUUGUUCUUCAGUGUGGGCCGAAGGAGAUCCGUUGACACUUUGCAGGGCCACACAGAUCUCAGUCUUCUUCCAUUCUUCAGAGCAGCAGCGCUGGCCGGCCAGCAGGAGGCGCUACUACAAAUGCUGGACUCAGUGGCUGCAGGCAGCAGUGAUGAUCUGGGCGUAGCGGCACGUUGUCUGGCCUGUAUCGCUGAUGUCCUCGGCUGUCUGGCAGGGGAGGGUAAAGGGGGUUUGCGUAGCGGACCAGCGGCAAAUCCAUCAUGGGCUCCUGCUUUCAAACUCCUAGAAGAUGAAAACUUACCAGCAGGUGUCCAAGAACUAGCUAGUCAGAGAAACCGCUGGCUCAGUAGACCAGAUUUGUUGGUGCGAGCUGCCAGGCACUAUGAGGGGGCGGGGCAGAUACUGCUGCGGAAGGCGGUGAUGUCAGCACGCAAGUUUGUGUUCAUUGGUCAAGGAGAGAUGCUGCCCAUGGGUGAAUGGCAGGAUGUGGAGUGUCCAGCUCGACUGGAUCUGUCAGGUGGCUGGAGUGAUACUCCACCUAUUGCAUUUGAGCAUGGCGGACUCGUGGUCAAUGUGGCCAUCAAGGUGGAUGGAAAACGGCCCAUUGGAGCCAGAGUUCGACGCAUUCCAGAACCUCAUUUGCUAUUGGUCAGCACCAGUGGUGAACCGGGCUGCAGUAUUUCCACAGAAACGCUCUGUGAGGUUCUUACUGACCUGGAAGACUAUUGCCAACCACAAGCUCCAGGUGCCCUACUCAAAGCCGUGUGUGUGUGCAGUGAGUUGGUGUGUGUAUCGUCUCCUCUCUCUCUGAAAGAGCAGUUAUUACAGCGGUGGGGUGGUGGACUGGAGCUGCACAGCUGGUCGACAUUACCACAUGGUUCUGGACUCGGCACCAGCAGUAUUCUGGCAGGUGCGGCUCUUGCUGCAGUUUACAGAUGUACGGGGCGGAGCUAUGACACAACAUCUUUAAUUCAUGAUGUUCUUUACCUGGAGCAGAUGCUCACCACCGGUGGUGGAUGGCAGGACCAGGUUGGUGGGCUGUUUGGAGGGGUAAAGCUGGCACGAUCCGCAGCUAAGUUACCGCUGAAAGUGGACGUAGAGCAGCUACCUCUCUCUCAAGACUUUGUGUCUGUUCUGCAAAAGCAUCUCCUUCUAGUUUACACUGGAAAGACGCGUUUAGCACGAAACCUGCUGCAGGAUGUGGUGCGGAACUGGUAUGCACGUUUACCCUCAAUCGUACAGAAUGCAGAGCAGCUUGUGACCAAUGCAGAGGAAUGUGCACAAGCCUGCAGAGAGGGAUCUCUGUCCAGACUGGGUGUGUGUAUGGACAGAUACUGGCAGCAGAAGAAGCUGAUGGCUCCGGGCUGUGAGCCAGCGGCAGUGAGAGUUAUGAUGAAUGCACUUUAUCCUCUGAGUUUAGGACAGAGUCUAGCAGGGGCGGGAGGAGGUGGCUUCCUGUUCUUGCUCACUCGUGACCCGCAGCAGCAGGAAAGAGUGAGAGAGGUUCUCAGUAACACACAGGGUAUUUGUUCAUUCAGUGUGCAUUCAGUGGAGUUGGAUAUGGACGGGAUCUCAAUCAUUCAGAAGAGCUCUGAACAUCCUGACUAACAAGUGCUGCUCCACAAACACAUGAUCAGCAAUCAAUUUAAAUGAGAGUUGGAGGACCUUUCAUACAAUAAAUAAUAAAACCAAUAUUUUUCAGUAAAUGUAACGUGUAGUAUACAUAUGUAUUUUGUGUAGGAAUAAUUAGGAAUUUAAAUGUACCAAAAAUGAUAUUUGAUAAUUGCACAAUACCAUUUAGGUUUAUUCUUCUUUGCACUAAAUGUGAAAGAAAUGGACAUAAAAUCACUUUAUUGUCAUGUUAUUCAGGAAUUAGCUAUUUUUACUCUGUCCCUACAUCUUUUGCAUUUUUAUUACCUAUAUAAUGACGAUUAAAGUAACGAUUAACGUUUAAAAUGAUGAUUAAAUAAUGAAAUAACUUGUGUGUAUAAAUGAUUUUUGCACAUGAUAUAUAACAACUUACUUGUUUCACAGCGAGACCUUGUUUUAAGGAAUAUUUGUUUCUUACAUACUAAUAUUUACCUGGUAGCUUACCUGCCUUUUUACGUUUUUUUUUUUUUUUUUUUUUACAAUUGCUAACAAGCGUUUACUUAUACUUAAGAUACUUUUUCUAAACUCUUAACACAGCAACACACCUACAUCACACAAUUAGCCAAAUAGUAAAUUUUCUGUUCAAAACCACAUGUUGUUCUUUAAAUACCAACUCUACAUUUCAAAAUGCAAAAUGCAAAAAAAAAAAAAAAUGCACUUUCUCUACAUAUACUAACUCUAUCAAAACACGGCAAACACGAAUCAAUAUCAAAACACUAGCACGUUUUCUAUCCAACAGGAACAUAUAGUCAAUUAUAGUACAGUUACAAAAACUGCAUUACUUGUCAUGUUUCAGAUCUACCUGCAUACAAUGGACAAUAUGAAAUCCAUUGUUUUUAUAAUUCAGUUUCCUUUUACUGUAAACCACUCUGCAUUUUUGGUUGUGUGUUGAAUAUGUGCGUUCUUGGCAACAUACUUUCUAAAAGUGAAUGAGUCAUCAUUACUUAUAGAAUGUACAGUAGAAAAAAAUAGUGACAGAAUUGCUGCAGUGAAAACUUUACAGUAUUACAGUAGCAGCAUGAAAUUGCUGCCAGUGAUCAACAACAAAUCCAACAUACAUGGCCUUUGGUUCCAAAUGUGUAAAAAUAAAACGCAAUUACAGUAAA